AUGGCCGGGGCAGCAUUAUCAGAAGUCAUCUACUCAUCGGUGAAGCCGAUCAUAAGAAUGUAUUUGAUUAUAGGUUCAGGUAUAGUUAUGGCUCGAGUAGGAUUAUUGGGAGUGGCCACAGCUCGUGCAUUGAGUGAUCUCGUUUUAAUGGUCUUCAUGCCUUCUUUGAUCUUUGAUAAAAUUGUGAACUACAUUUCUAUCGACGAUAUCAAAACCAUCGCAGUCAUUGUUUUAUCCGCUAUUCUCAUGUAUUGCAUAAAUGCGGUCGUUGCAGGUCUUAUAGUAAUAUUCACACCUGUGCCGAAGAAGAAAGACCAACGUUGGGUGGGUGGUGCACUUUUGGCCGGUAUUAUGCAAAAUGUCUCCGAUUUACCCAUCGCAUAUUUGCAGGCCAUGUCCAUGCUUACUAGUGAGGAGUCGGAAAAGGGUACUGCUUAUGUGAUUAUUUGGUUGGCCAUGUAUAUCAUGGCACAAUUCAACUGUGGUCUUUUCCAACUAGUGGAGAUGGACUUCAGGUACAUCAGAAAGCAUUCUGAUGACAAAGAUGAAGAUAUUGAAUCUCAGGGCACGGAAGACUUGUCCAAGACGCACUCUUCAUCUGAGAAGUAUGCUGCCGAAUCAGGCGACAGCAUUCAGAAGGUUGACACGAAUACGCCAAAGCAGGGAAACAGCUCUUCUUCGAACUUGAAAUCGUUCUCACCCAACUCCGAGGCUGCGUUAAAAUUGAAGGUGGAUGAACCUGCGGAAAACGAGAAAGCCCGAGAGGAACUAGAGGCCCAAUCACACACAACAGGUGCUCAGAGACAGGCAGAAGAGGCUUCAUCACUUUCUGAUUCAAUUCUCAAUCCGAUGUCGCCAACUUCUACGCUUUCCGAAAACGCCAGCUUGGAAUCGGAUGCUACUGGACCUGAUCGUAGGCGCUCGAUAUUGAAUCCAAGGGCUAUACUCAAGAAAACAACAACCGAGGCAGAGCAGCUGCUUUCACCGGCAGUUUCGCACAGGGCAAUUGCCAGAAUUCCCUCUGCUAGAAGUUUCACAUAUAUGGACAGAAAGAAUACAAUUGACGAGGAGUUGAACCCCGUUUCGAUGUAUGAUGAGGACAUCAGAAGUACACAUUCAAGAGCAACACAAGCCACAUCCUUGGCAGAGGAUUUGGUUAGGGAAUACUCCAGAGCUGAGCCUCACAAUCAGAAUACGAGUACCUUGGCAAACAUUGUGACCGAGACGCAGUUGAGCCAUAGGGAUGUGGAUAACGUGGCUAAGAAGUUGUCCCUUGCUGAAAGAUACAAGAUUGUGAAGUACGUGCUCUUCUUCGUUGAGAACUUUAAGAAGCCAGCGUCUAUUUCGUUGAUCGUAUCUCUUAUUAUUGCGCUUAUUCCAUGGCUUAAGGCUUUGUUUGUCAACAGCGGAAGCGUGUACAUCUCAAACGCUCCUGACCAUCAGCCUGCACUUUCCUUCCUUCUUAUGUAUGCCGAGUACCUCGGUAUGCCAUGUGUUCCCCUCGGAUUGCUUCUUAUUGGCUCGAUUUUAGGAAGAUUAGAAGUUUCUGAAAUGCCAAAGGGUUUCUGGAAGUCUAUUGUCUGUCACGUUUUGUACAGACUAUGCAUUCUUCCAAUUAUCGGAAUUCUUUGGGUGAAUAAAAUGGGUGCAAUCCAUUGGUUAGACGACUCGAUGUCCAAAUUGGUCACAUGUAUGGAAUUUGCAUUGCCAAGUGCUACAGUUCAAAUUUACAUCACCGCAAGUUGUAUGAGGCCGGGAGAGAACAAAUCAGCACCUAUGAACUGCUUGGCAUUAUACAUGAUUGUUCAGUAUGCCCUCUUGUGCAUUACAUUGCCAAUUGUUGUUUGCUACACCAUUAAGGAUGUGGUUCAUAUGUAG